AUGUCUCCUCCAGCUAUCAUCGCUCCCUCAAUUCUCUCCGCGGAUUUCGCAGACCUGGGUGCAGAAUGCUCGAAUACCAUAAAGCGAGGUGCAACAUGGCUCCAUAUCGACAUAAUGGAUGGACAUUUUGUUCCAAACAUCACAUUUGGAGCGCCUGUUGUAACGAAGAUCCGAAGUCAUGUCGAGAGACCAACGACGAAACACGGAAAGGGAACAUUUGACUGCCACAUGAUGAUUUCAGAGCCGAAAAAGUGGGUGAAGGAAUUCCAAAAGGCUGGCUGUGACCUCUACUGUUUCCACUACGAAGCUGCUAUCGACAGCACUGCCGCCGAAAGCCCCGAAUCAACCAGUGAACUGAAGACGAACCCCAGAGAAUUGAUUAGAUAUAUACACGAGUGUGGGAUGCUGGCUGGUAUUGCCAUCAAGCCGGAGACGAGUGUUGAUGUAUUAUGGGAUAUUUUGGCUUCAAAUCAAGAGAAGGAAGUGCCGGAUAUGGUCCUCGUCAUGACGGUACAUCCGGGAUUUGGUGGACAGAAAUUUAUGGCGUCCGAGCUACCCAAGGUCGCGGAACUACGGAAACGAUACCCAGAGCUGAAUAUUGAGGUUGAUGGUGGAUUGGGCCCUGGAACGAUUGAUCAAGCUGCGGAGGCGGGAGCUAAUGUUAUUGUGGCAGGAAGUGCCGUGUUUGGAGCAAAGGAUCCUGCAGAAGUUAUUGCGAAGUUACGAGAUGCAGUGGAGUCGAGACGGGGCAAGCUAUGA